AUGACAUCCAGAUUCUCAGCUUCGAGUGCUGCUGCUACUACGGCGGCAGCAGCGGCGCAGAGUCCACUUGUUUAUCGGUCUACGGCUGAAGGCGGAGGGGUGCCAGCUGGAGUACCAGGGAGGGGGGGGAGGUGGAGACGGUGUGCGCUCUCCACGAAAUAACAUGAACGGUGGGGCUUCGAGCGCUGGUGCCCCGCGAAAGCGGCCUGCGAGGCCUCCAUCCAUGAAUGUGCCGCCGGAGCCGCCGCUGCAGAAUAUAAGUCGAAGGAACUCGCUACUACCAGAUAAUCUCCAGGAUGCUACAAAAGUGCUUGUUCCAUUACCGGCAGACGCGGACUCAUCGCCCUGGCAUAACGUCCCGCUCGCGUUUGCACUCUUACCCGCCCUCGGAGGUAUACUCUUUACUAACGGGAGUUACUUUUUCACGGAUGUUAUUCUUAUCUUCCUGGUGGCGGUGUUUUUGCACUGGCUGGUUAAAUUCCCGUGGUUAGUUCUACUUGGGGGUCCGCUCUGGGAUGGGGAGAGGGGUCGCUAAUCCAAAGGGCGAUGACAGGGAGUGGUAUAACAGUUCUCAAGCCUUACGGUACGAGCAAGAUGCGUUUGGAGCCCUGGCGACGCCGGGGGAGUUCCUGGGGGAUAGAGAUGCACCGGGUGCGACACGGUCUGCACACGAAGAGAGGUUAAGGGCCGCUGCUGCCAGGGAAUUGCGGAUGAAUGAGAUGCUAGCUCUUCUAGCCUGCUUUGUCGGUCCAUGUGUUGGGGGUUGGCUACUGCAUGCUAUCAGGUCGCAGUUGUCUAGGCCGAGCGAAGGGCUUGUGUCAAACUUCAAUCUCACAAUAUUCGUUCUUGCAGCAGAGCUCAGGCCUGCGGCUCAAGUGGUCAAGCUGAUUCGGAACAGGAGCUUGUAUCUUCAUUCGGUUGUGCAUCACCCACCGACGACUAGGAUGGAUGCUUUGGAGGCAAGGUUGGAGGAAUUGAACGCUGAGGUUCGAGAUCUCACAUUGAUGACGACCAAGGCUGUGGAUAGAGAUUCUCAUUUGGAUGCUUUGACGAGUAGGGCUUCCUGCCGAUAGCGGAUGUCUGCCCUAAGGGAACAGACUGCUGAUUCAGGCUCCCAGGAGCGGUGCGCCGCUACGAAAAACGAGAGACGGUUCAUUCCGCUCAAACGGAGAAUCGGAUCCUUGAAAUAGAUAAUCGUCUGAAUGAUGUCCUUACUCUCACUGCUGCCGCUUCUGCUGGGCAAAAGCACACCACAUUCUCGAUGACCCUGUUCCAGUGUGCCUGCGCUGCGAUCGUCAUCCCGUUCUCGCUGACCUGGAGACUUAUCAGUUUGCCGGCCAGGGCCGUGGAAGCCUUAGCGGGGUUCAGUAGAAACCAGCGAUUGCUAAGGGUGGGGCGUCGUCAGCAGCCAAGAUUGAGGGGUAGGCCGAGAAUCGCGAAAUCUAAAGAUGCGGAGAGUUGAGACGAUGUUUGCCGGCUUGGUAGGGGAGGCCUAACCACGAACUCUAUCGCCUGUGGGAGUAACGCAGGAGGCAUCUGACGCACGUGCUGAUGGAGGAAAUGUCAAGGAUCUUUAUUAAUCCCGGGGCGUUUUGUUUGCUUUUUCCCUCUAUUCCUCCUGUCUUUCAUUCUUUCCAUUUCCAUUUCCAUCUCUACUCACUGGGGUCACGGGAGAAAUUGAGAUGCAUAGCACGGUGCGCCAGCGUAGAGUCGCUGUUAAGUGGCGGGAGGUUUGUGCUGUAGGUUAGAUAACCAUUCGACUUCGAACCUCAAUAUUCGGGAGAUGGUGCCUUCGAUGCAAUGCAGGGCAGAAAGAGAUGAGAGGAGAAUAGCACAUCUGCGAGGAACGAUGCAACUGGCCUCGAGCGCUGACUCGUAUUGGGGAAAAUUUCGGAGAAAAGUGCAGAUUUGUUAGGACCCCAUAAUUCGGUCAGCCAAUGCGGUGGUCUAAUCGAUAACGUAAGAAGUGAAGCCGAGCAAUCCCACACAUGUCAUCCGGCUAUCAUAUGACAUGGCGGGUUAGAAGAUUAGGAGAUUUUUUUUCCUCCUGGGGGGGGGGGCAAAGGAGGGGAAAUCUUUAGUCAUGAGCCAAAUAAUUCUUCCGGCCGGAGGAAAGAGAGAUUCAUGCCUGCUGGGGGGAUUACCGGUGCUCGUAUCAUAUCAUACAAGAACAUACUACCGUACUCGAGCACACUAAGGCGGGAGGAAAACCUGACAAGUUUAAAAGGGAUGAGAAAAGGAGAGGAUAGCCUUGGAGAUCUACCGUAGAACCGCUACUGUCUAGGGCUUAGAGAUGUAACGAUGGAGAGCGGGAGAGUUGAUCCAUUGCCCAUUUGCUUGCCACUGGCCCGGGGAGGAGUCCUGGUAUGAAGCAAGAGAUAAGCAAUCAUAUCCGUGGACAGCCAGAAAAUGGAGGGUGGGUGGAUAGAGGAGCCCCGGAUCCUCAGAACGAUCCCAUACUGCGGAACCUCAAGCAAUUGAACCAUGUGCUGCCGGCACGAUACCGGUGUGUCGUUCGAGUUGUCCUAUCCGGCGAUGUCUGGUCUCUCAGAGGCUGAACCACUCACCCUUUGCUGUGCUUUUCGCACCUUCUCCAGGGAAGGAAAUUUUGGACUACCGAGCACACGGCCCAACCGUCUGACAUUCUUCCGUGGUCGUACUAACGAAAAAGGAUGAGAGAUAAAAAAAAUCAAAAGAUAAUUCCCCCCACAUCUCCUCUUUUCUACAUUGUAAAUGUCUACAGAGCCCUCCCAACCACGGGCCGGGAGAAGGGACAAGAGAAAGCAAAGGGAUGAAACAAGAGAGUAUCGUAGAAAUUCAAAAAAAUUUACUCUGCCCUACUGAUCUUUCCCCUUUUCGUGGUUGCCUGUCGAGUUCUGCCCUGUCGAGCCUUUCCUCUUUCUUCACCCCUUCCAGCGCACUACAUUUAAGCUUGUCGUCGACUCAUAAUUCUCUCGACUCUCUCCACCCUUCUCAUUCUUCCUCGCCCCCCCCCCCCUAANAACCUUCUCAAGCACCAACGACCCGCCUCCAAUCCGUCUGUCCACUGGUUAACUUAGCUUCUACCAAUAUGUCGACCGCAUUAGCUGUUAACGGCAAUCACGAGCGUAGUGCUCCGUCAACUGACUUUACCGUCAAGACUGGUCUUGCCCGUAUGCUUAAGGGAGGUGUCAUCAUGGACGUUGUGAAUGCAGCGCAGGUAUAGCUGGGUCCUUGAUGAUAUCUUUCCGAUUAUUGAUAGUUGGUUAGGCAAGAAUUGCGGAGGAAGCUGGCGCCUGUGCUGUCAUGGCACUCGAACGUGUCCCCGCUGAUAUCAGGGUUCAAGGCGGUGUUGCCAGAAUGUCCGAUCCCAAACUCAUCAAGGAGAUCAUGGAGGCUGUCACUAUUCCUGUCAUGGCGAAGGCGAGAAUUGGCCACUUUGUCGAGUGCCAGGUAUGUUUGAGCGCAUCGAAACCUCAACACCCAGAGAUUGCUUUGCUCAUUUAAUUUCAAGAUUUUGGAGGCUUUGGGCGUGGAUUACAUUGACGAAUCCGAAGUUUUGACCCCCGCCGAUAAUACCCACCACGUUGUUAAGCAUGGCUUCAAGGCUCCUUUCGUCUGUGGGUGCAGGAACCUUGGUGAGGCUCUUCGCAGGAUUAGUGAAGGCGCCGCUAUGAGUGAGGAUCUCUGAACCUUCGAUUCAGUUGGUUGGACGGCUAAUGGUCUUCAGUCCGCACCAAGGGUGAAGCGGGAACUGGUGACGUUGUUGAGGCAGUUAAGCACAUGCGAACUGUCACUGCUGAGAUCCGCAGAGCUACCCUGAUGUCCGACGAGGAACUCUAUGUCUACGCGAAGGAAAUCGGCGCGCCAUUCGAUCUCCUCAAGGAAACCGCCAAACUCGGCCGCCUUCCUGUAGUUAACUUUGCUGCCGGAGGUGUCGCCACCCCCGCUGACGCUGCGCUCAUGAUGCAAUUGGGAUGCGACGGUGUCUUUGUCGGCAGCGGAAUCUUCAAGAGCGGAAACGCGGCAGUUAGGGCGAAGGCAAUUGUUCAAGCCGUCACUCAUUACAACAACCCCAAGGUCCUGGCUGAGGUUAGCUGCGAUCUGGGCGAAGCGAUGGUUGGCCUCAACGUCGACGCUUUGCCAGAGUCUCAGAAGCUCGCGAAGAGAGGCUGGUGAUGAUGUUGUUUUCUUCGGGAAGGGGCGUGAGGUGGUUUUCUGGUUUUCUUUGCGAUGAUCUUGCCCGAAUUGAGUCCACGUUCUAGCAGGAUCUAGCACUUGAUGGGGGUUAGCAGCCGGUUCCUGGACUGUAUAUCAAACUUUUAUACUCUGCACCUAUGAGCUGAGAGUGGUCUUUGUGCUUGAUUCCCGUGUUCAUUUUUUGGGUCCACAAAAAUAUUUAUAAAUAUUCGCUAUUUUUUAUUUUUAUUUUUGUUCCUAUU